GCUGUCACAGCACCGCUGAGCCGCUCCCCUCGCCCUCUGCCUCCAUUGGAUCACGCUCCUUCCAGCAGCUUAAGUGGAGCCACCCACCUCUAGGAGGAAAACCGAGCUGCAGCCCUGGUGAAACAUAAAGUUUAUUUCACUAAAGUGACGCAAAAAUUCUUAAAGAGCUCUUUGGCAGCAGAUUAUCUGCAAAUCAGACCAUGUGAGGGGGACUGGUGUACAAAAAGCUCCCCGAGGUGCUGCGCUGCACACAGGCUGCGUGCUGGGAUCUGCAGCAGAUGUGGGUGAAGGAGAGCUGAGAGGAAAGCACCGCACACCUGGCUGAAGGACAGAUGGUGUUCGUGCCUUCAGUCUGAUGGAUUUAAAUAUGGAAGGGAAAUUCUGAGAGCACUGGGAAUACACUGGAAAUAAAAGCGUGGGAAAAUAAGCUGAAGGGGACUGAGUGCUGCUGCCUGUGUGCAACUGGGCAGGGGAAACCUUGGAAAAAUGGAAAAAAAGGCAACAAGCAACGAGACUCAGCUGCUGACUUCCAAGAAAGGUACCUCAGACUGUAACGAAGGAGAAGAUUGUAAAGAGAACGGACUGCUGAUCAAGAACCCUAAAUCUGCCCUACGGCUCAUGGAGGAUGGGAAUAAAAUCCAUCCCGGGCAGGGAAAUAAGGAGGAGGCAGCUCAGAUCUCAAAUGGCUAUUCGGGAGUUCAGAGCUCCGUGCCUUGCAAUGGGGUGGGAGAGGUGGAGGACGCGCAGUGCACCAACCCAGCAGCCACAACCACCACAGCCACCACGUGUGGAGCAGAGGGCCAGCAGCAGCUGAUGGAGCUGGAAGACAGAGAGACCUGGAGUAAAAAAAUUGACUUUCUGCUCUCUGUCAUUGGAUACGCGGUGGAUCUGGGAAACGUGUGGAGAUUUCCUUACAUAUGCUAUCAGAAUGGAGGAGGAGCAUUCCUCAUUCCUUACACAAUCAUGGCCAUCUUCGGUGGUAUUCCGCUCUUCUAUAUGGAAUUAGCACUAGGACAGUACCACAGGAAUGGCUGUAUUUCAAUUUGGAGAAAAAUAUGUCCUAUAUUCAAAGGCAUUGGCUUUGCCAUCUGUGUCAUAGACCUCUAUGUAGCCUCCUAUUACAACACCAUCAUGGCGUGGGUCUUCUACUACCUCGUGUCCUCCUUCACGACGGAGCUGCCGUGGACCAGCUGCAAUAAUGCAUGGAACACAGGCAACUGCACUACCUACUUCAGCAAGGACAACAUCAGCUGGGCCCUGCACUCCAUCUCUCCUGCAGAAGAAUUUUAUACCCGCCAAGUUCUACAGGUGCACAGGUCCAAUGGGCUGGAUGACCUGGGGGGCAUUAGCUGGCAAUUGACCCUCUGUUUAUUGUUAAUCUUCAUCAUUGUAUACUUCAGCAUCUGGAAAGGGGUCAAAACAUCUGGCAAGGUGGUGUGGGUCACAGCCACGUUCCCCUACGUCAUACUUUUUAUCCUGCUAGUGAGAGGGGCGACUCUGCCCGGUGCCUGGAGAGGUGUCCUCUACUACCUGAAACCUGAAUGGCAGAAGCUCCUGGCCACUGAGGUUUGGGUGGAUGCAGCAGCUCAGAUUUUUUUCUCCCUCGGCCCAGGGUUUGGGGUCCUGUUGGCUUAUGCCAGCUACAACAAAUUCCAUAACAACUGCUACCAAGAUGCCCUGGUUACCAGCACUGUGAACUGCCUGACCAGCUUCGUGUCCGGGUUUGUCAUUUUCACUGUGCUGGGGUACAUGGCUGAGAUGAGGAAUGAAGAUGUGUCGGAGGUUGCCAAAGACAUGGGACCCAGUCUGCUCUUCAUUACCUACGCUGAAGCCAUUGCAAACAUGCCUGCCUCAACUUUCUUUGCCAUCAUAUUUUUCUUGAUGUUACUCACGCUGGGAUUAGACAGCACGUUUGCAGGAUUAGAGGGAGUGAUUACAGGAGUACUGGAUGAAUUCCCACAUGUCUGGAGCAAGCGCAGGGAAUUCUUUGUCCUCGGACUGAUCAUCAUUUGCUUUUUGGGGUCGUUGGCAACCCUGACCUUUGGAGGCGCCUAUGUGGUGAAGCUGUUUGAGGAAUACGCCACAGGCCCAGCUGUGCUAACAGUGGUGUUCCUGGAAGCGGUGGCAGUGGCCUGGUUCUACGGCAUUACCCAGUUUUGCAAUGAUGUGAAAGAAAUGCUGGGCUUCACCCCGGGCUGGUACUGGCGAGUGUGCUGGGUGGCAAUCAGUCCCAUCUUCCUGUUGUUUGUCACUUGCAGCUUUCUGUCCAACCCUCCUGAGCUACGGCUUUUCGAUUACAACUAUCCCUACUGGACCACAGUAGUGGGCUACUGCAUAGGAACCUCUUCCAUCAUCUGCAUCCCGAUCUACAUGGUUUAUCGGUUGAUCAUCACUCCCGGAACAUUUAAGGAGCGUAUUCUGAAAAGCAUUACUCCAGAAACAGCCACAGAAAUUCCUUUUGGAGACAUCCGCAUGAACGCAGUGUAAGCUAACCUGCUUUGUGGGGAGAGAGGGGAAGCACAGAAAAGAACUUUCCACCCAAGGAAUUAUGCUUCCAGCUGAGAUAACAACGGGGUGAGUUUUCUGUGGAGGUUCUGACACUGACAACGGACAUUUGGAAACAUGAUGCCUCCAACACAUCUAUCCAAGCAAUUCAAUGAAACCUGCCAUGCACUUCUAACCAGACUGACCUGGGAACCAACUCAUUCUGGAAACACGAGGAUGUCUGUGUGUGUGAAGAUGGCACAACAGUGGGGCUGUUGCAGAAGCCUCUCUAGGAUGAGCAGCAGCGGUAGGAUUAGGUUUAGAAUCUCAAGUCUGUGGCAGUUCUCCUGUAUCUUCCUCAGUGUAAUCGUUCGUACCGGGCAAUGUUGUAUUUGCUUCUAAGGUUCUAAUUGCUUCAACUACAUUGAAAAAUACAAAAAUAUUUCCAAUAGCCAUAUAUUACUCAAGUAACACAGGGUUUUAUAAACUAAUCAGUAAGUUCUCCAACUCCUGGGUUUGUAGUGGAGUCGUCAGAGGAAGAGGCAGCAAUCUCCAGCAGCACUAUACGCAGCUCUGCACAAAUCAGCAUGCACAUUUGGUAACGUUAUCCUCCUCAUUUCAUUUGUAGAUCGUAUGUUUCUGUUGUUUCUUGUUUAAGGCUACAAAACCAGUUUUUGUAAUGUGGGCUUCGUAGUCAAGCAACAAAAAGGUUCACAGGUCAUCUGACAAGCACUGAAGCUGCUAGCACAGCUAAGCUACAUGUUCACAAAAUCCUUGUACUCGCAGACCGUGCUUUUAUACCCAAGGAAACUAUAUACCAAUAAUGAAUUACUUUGAGCUCAGAUGUCAAAAAGUGGACUCUCACAGAUCUGCUUUUCUUUGUUUAUUUUUUAAAUUUCAGUUCCUCAGCUAAGAUUGGCUGGAGCCUGUGGCUUUCUCUAUUGUUUCCUGGUACAGACCUCAAGUUUAGAGCAACCCUUUUGGCUGGCUGACAGAAGUACGUUUACACAAACCUACUGCCAAGACUUACUAGCUCCUACUCUUAUGUGAAUACAUUUGGUUUUCACCCUGAAGAAUAACAGUAGGGUUUUUUCUUUAACAAGCAGUUGAGUUCAUCAGGAGAUUCUGAUCAGAACUGAUUGCAUUAGAUUUUGAAGCACUGAUGACAUACAAACUAACUAACUUUCAUGUAUGUACUAACCUUGCCAUAUUAUAUCUGUACAUAUGCCCCCAGCAGUUUACAGCUGCUCUAUAAACUGACCAUCACUGCCAAAUCAGCUGGAGGACAGCAGUUUUGCUGCAGUUACAUGGGAAUUUAGAUAAACCUGAACAGUCAUAGUCUAUGUGAAGACACUGCAUUUUCACUCUACCAUGUAGGUUAUAAAAGUCUAAGAAAAGUAGAAUAGAACAUAAGAGCCUCUGCUGCAUUUCAUGCUUUACUUACAAAUUAAUGACACGAUACAUGCACACGUAGCAGCAGGCACUGAGAAACCUACUGAGAGUUUACAUCAGUACAAAGCAUGUAAGAAAGCAGGGGAGGUGAUUCUAUGAUUGCCUUCUGAAAGCAGUCACCUCACUUCCACCACUGCUACUGACCCGAGUUCCCUUAUCUUUAGCACUCAAUCCCAACAAGGAAAUAACCCUAAGGAACAAGGGCUGUUCUGUGCAAAUUACAAACAAAGGCCUCCUGCACUAUUUUUUAAGAGGGAGUCUGUUCUUGCACUGCCACCAGAAAAACAAAACAAAUUUGUCUUACUGGAUGCUUACUCAUACAGAAUAGUUUUGAAGGUUAGCCCUGCAGGCCCUCUGAAAACUACUUCCAAAAUGUCUUCGUGGUGAGGAAAAGUUCAUCUAGAUAUGCACUACGAUUUCAAAUUGCCAAUCAGAGAAAAUUACUGAUUGUUUUUAAUGAACUUUCCUGUUAUGAGUACAUUCCUUGGAAAAAAAAAAAAAAAAUACACAUAAAACAUCAAUUAAAAAUGAACAACGUCUGUAUUCAGUAUCAAGUGUGGGAAAUAAAGGAGGAAAUACCACACACCUCUGUUCUUCAGACUGCUGCCCAUCUAUUGUGAGGUACCUUUCUCCCUCCAUGCUUGUUUUAAGCAGAUCUUUCUCACGGACCAAUUUUUGGCCAGUUGAUGCUGUUUCCUACUAGGCUCAUCAAAUAAAUAAUCUUACAGUUCCAAUUUUUAGCAGUUUUUGCACAUCCACUUGCAAAAGUCUCUUCAAACAGACAUUCUGCUGCCUUUAAUUAAGAGCAGUGACAGUACAGCAGAAUUAGUUGCAUUAAACAUCAGCACUGUCUGCAUCAAAGCUAAAGUUUCUCCUUGAGCUCUUGCAAACAAACUGAAGCUGGGACUGUUACUCCUAAUGGAAUAAUUUGCAGAGUAAUUAAUAACUGCUAAAACAACUGCUUCUUAGUGUGCAAUACUUCUGACAUGGUCUUCCUUUGGAACAGCAUUUUAAAUGGCAAAAGAGGCAUCUGUAGUUUGUAUUGAGACACUACAUACAGUGCCACACACGCUGCCUUUCUGGGAGGUGGUAGCACAGAAUUCUCAUGAGCUGCCCAAGAAAUGCCAUGUUUUUCUAGUGGAAGCCAAAAAAGCCCCAGGUUCCCUCAGUCUGAAUUUCUCAGCUGAAAAAUCCAGACAAACACACCCUGACUACAGGUGUACUGUAGGAGAUGAAAGUUACUGAAAUCACCUGCAGACAGACAGAAAAAGCAAUGCAGAUAGCAAAGGCACAGGACAGAAAGCACUGUCAGAGAUAGGCAGCCCUGAAGAUCAGCAGGGACAUCACAUCUCCAUCCUCUUUUCACCAGGACAGUCCAGCGCAGGGUCUGUAUGGGAACCGAGGGUAAGGAAGCCCUCAAGUAAACUAACAAGUUCUCCCUUCCCAAGUAGCACAAAGAUAAAACCAUCUGUGUUUUCAUUCCAAUUAAGGUGAAUUAGCAAUGAUUCAGUUCCGGUUUAUUUUUGGAUGCAUAUUGGUUUCAGCUUUUCUAUGUCUUUUUCUUAUGAAAGUUCAUUUCAUGCUAUCUCUGAUAACUUUGUUUGUCUGAAACACAAUUAAUUAGAUACCAAAUGGGCUGCACUGCAAUUCCAAGUGUUAGAGGCAAGGAAAUCCCUUCUCCUCAGCUCACAUUCCACUUAUCUGCCACACCAGUACACCCCACUCUAUGAGGAACACUGAAAAAGGAGUUAAUGAAAUUGCUAAUGGAGGAACGCGUUCCUUUCAAGCAGGAAUUAAACUGGAGUUUUAGCUGUACAGAAUUAGGCAUUCCCUCCAACUUUUACAUGGAUGCAUCUGUAUUAAUUUAUGCAGCUGUUUAGUUACAAGUGUUGCAAGCUGAUUGUAAGUUAUCAGUAUGUGCCUUGUACUGUAAACUGUCAUUGUAAUAAAUUUAAUAAUCAUAAUCCA